AGAUGGGCAACGCGAGCAGCCCGUGUCAGGCCGGACGGAAGGGCUCAGUCGGCGGCCGGCAAUCAGCAGACAUGGAGGGCAAGGCUUUUCUCACCGAAGAGGCAGCGUACAAAAACCUGCAGGACUACUACAACAAGAAUGGCAGCAAACUCGUCAUUAAUCAGUUAUUCAAGGAAGACCCGGAUAGAUUCAAGAAGUAUAGCGUAACAGUGCCAACUCCUGAGGAUGGGGAAAUUUUAUUUGAUUUCAGCAAGAAUCGUAUCAAUGAUGAGGUCCUUAAAUUACUGCUAGACCUGGCCCAUGCAAGAAAUGUUGAAAAGUCGAGGGAUGCCAUGUUUUCCGGUGAAAAGAUUAACUUCACUGAAAACCGUGCUGUCCUUCACAUUGCCCUCCGUAACCGAUCUAAUGCACCAGUCAUGGUUGAUGGAAGUGAUGUAAUGCCUGCAGUUAAUGCUGUUUUGGCACACAUGAAAGAUUUUUGCGGCAGGGUUAUUUCAGGUGAAUGGAAAGGCUACACUGGUAAAUCUAUCACUGAUGUUGUUAAUAUUGGUAUUGGAGGCUCAGAUCUGGGACCACUGAUGGUGACAGAAGCAUUGAAACCUUACGCCAUUGGACCCAAUGUCCAUUUUGUGUCCAAUAUUGAUGGGACACACAUGGCAAAGACCUUGAAGUUAUUGAAUGCUGAGACCACCCUCUUCAUCAUUGCCUCCAAGACUUUUACAACACAGGAGACCAUCACUAAUGCAACUUCAGCCAAGAAAUGGUUCCUUGAUGCUGCAAAAGAUCCUUCAGCUGUGGCCAAGCACUUCAUUGCGCUGUCAACCAAUGGUCCAAAAGUGAAGGAUUUCGGCAUUGAUGAAGCAAAUAUGUUUGAAUUCUGGGAUUGGGUUGGUGGCCGGUACUCUCUGUGGUCUGCUAUUGGAAUGUCCAUUGCCGUCCACAUUGGAUUUGACAACUUUGAAAAGCUGUUGGCUGGUGCUCAUUUUAUGGACAAUCAUUUCAAGACUGCCCCUCUGGAGAAGAACAUUCCUGUAUUGCUUGCACUUCUUGGUGUAUGGUACCAUAAUUUCUAUGGUGCUGAAACCCAUGCCUUGUUGCCAUAUGACCAGUACCUGCAUAGGUUUGCUGCCUAUUUCCAGCAGGGUGAUAUGGAAUCCAACGGAAAGUAUGUGACUCGCAGCGGACGUCAAGUGGCAUACAAUACUGGGCCUAUUGUGUGGGGAGAGCCUGGUACAAAUGGACAACAUGCAUUUUAUCAAUUGAUCCAUCAAGGCACACGCCUAAUACCUGCUGAUUUUAUUGCUCCUGCAAAGUCUCACAAUCCCAUUGCUGACAAUUUGCAUCACAAGCUGUUGCUGGCAAACUUCCUUGCUCAAACAGAAGCGCUCAUGAAAGGAAAGACUACUGAAGAAGCCAGAGCAGAACUGGAGAAGGCCAACAUGCCUGCUGACAAAUUGGAACAUAUUCUUCCUCACAAGGUGUUCAAGGGCAACAAGCCAACCAAUUCCAUUAUGGUUGAGAAGCUGACUCCAUUCACCCUUGGGGCAUUGAUCGUUAUGUAUGAGAUGAAAAUCUUUACCCAGGGUGUUAUUUGGGACAUCAACUCUUUUGAUCAGUGGGGGUAA